GACUGCUGCGAUGUUCAGCAUACCCAUAUGGUUUCUAUUGCUUCAUUUCUGGCCCAGUGAAUUCAAAGCAGAGGCAGGAACAACCCCAAACUUAAAACACAUUGUGGUUGGACGGUGUUACAAUUACAUCACACUAGUGAACCCUACCAUGAGGUAUGACUGCGAGGAGAUCUGGAGAGGGUUCGAGGAGGCAGUUGUGCGACGGUCUUCUUGCAACGUGAAGGUGAAGGACUAUCGUCGAAUGUUUCGCGCAAUGCCACAAACUUGGCCUUGCAACAGGUUUCUAUUCUGGAGUAAAACCAGGACUCUGAUGCACAGCUAUGCGGCGGUGAUGCGCCAUUUCUGGACCCUGGAGGACACACUUGUUGGCUACAUGUUCAACGACCUCGUCUGGUGUGGCCAAGAGGAGGACAUAGGCUUUGAUUUCAAUUCCUGUCCCGAAUGGUCAGCAUGUGUUAAUCAUCCUGUGUAUUCCUUAUGGAGACAGGCCUCACAAAAUUUUGCAGAAAGUGCAUGUGGCAACAUCACAGUGCUGUUGAAUGGUUCCAUAGAUAAGGCAUUCAACAGGAAAAGCAUGUUUGGAAGUGUUGAGUUGGACAGCUUGAACCCCCGGAUGGUAGACUAUGUCAACAUAAAGGUGGUGGCCAACCUUGAGGGACCUUUUAUAGAAUCGUGUAGUGAAGGAUCUGUGGUGGACCUAAUCGAAAUUCUUCGAUCCAGAGGGUUUCGUUGGACCUGCACGGACAAUGACCUGGCCCUGAUGAUCCUUCAGUGCAUCCAGAACCCAAAACAGUCGUCCUGCCAGACUUGUGCAAACAGCCUAUUACACAGAGAGACAUUUCCAUUCAACUGA